CUCUCUCUCUCUCUCUCUUCAUUUUUCCUUCGCUUCAAAGUCUUCCUUGCUUCACCCACACCAUUUCCGUUUCACACAAAACCACCCAAAGCUCACUAACCCACCAAGCUUCAUCAAUGGCGGAACCAAAUUCAGGCCCUUACAGAAAACCCCAUCUCUCGUUUCCACCAGAUCCUCUUCAACAACACGCCAUGAAGAACCCACUCGCUAAGUCCAAGUCCUGCUCGUACUUCCUCUUCAAAGCUCUCUUCUUUUCCAUGUUUCUCGUUCUAGUUCCUCUUUUCCCUUCCCAAGCUCCCGAAUUCAUCAGCCAAUCCAUAAUCACCAAGCUUUGGGAGCUCAUUCACCUUCUCUUCAUCGGCAUUGCCGUCUCCUAUGGCUUGUUUUGCCGACGAAAUGUUGACGAUCAGGUGAGCUUUGACACUACUGCCCAUUCAAAAUUUGAUAAUUUGCAGCAUGAUAUGUCUAGAAUGUUUCAUUUUUCUUCGAUUUCGGAAGAUGUGUAUGAAGGAAAUCUGUGUUUUGAUGCUCAGUUUCACCUGGGUCAGCCUAGAAUUGAUCUUAAUUCUUAUGUUAGUGAAAAUGGUGUUCAAAAUUCAUGUGGGUAUGGUGAGAAAAGUGGUGUUCAAGGUGGAAAUUUGAACCCCAAUAUUUCCAUGAGCGGAAAUGAUUUUGGGAAUUCAUGCGGGUAUGGUGAAAAAAGUGUUGUUCAAGCUUGGAAUGCUCAGUACUUUCAGGGUGAGUCAAUGGUGGUAGUGGCUGAGCCAAAUUGUGGUGUUGGAGAGUUGAAUGAACCUAGAUCAGUAGUUGAUUACAAGCCUUUAGGAUUGCCUGUGAGGAGUUUGAGAUCAAGGAUAAGAAAUGGGGAAACUGUGGAAGUUUUUAGUGGGAAUGAUGAGACUAGUUUUGGUUCUGUGGAUGAGAAGUUUGGUGAUGUUGAGAGUAGGAAUGAGAAUUUUGGUGAUUUGGGUCCUCGGAAUUUGGAGGAGAAGUUUGAUGAAGCUUUUGUUGCAUCGCCUUCUCCAAUUUCAUGGCAUUCGAGAUCUGGUAGGAGGAGGGAAACGAGAGAAAAACUCAGUGCUGUUUAUCGCCCUUCUUUGCAUUUCAGGCCACUCUCGGUUGAUGAAACUCAGUUUGAGUCAAUGAGAACGCCGUCAUUGCGAUCCACAGUGUCUUUCUCGUCUAAUGCCAGUUCCAUGUCUUCCUCACAAGGAGAUGAUUCUCCCUCACAUUCUGUUGCCUCCGAAGUAAUGAGCUCGAAAUUGGAAGAUGAGGGCAAGACAACGAGUUCUCGAGCAUCGUCUUCUGGUUCUUCAGGCUCAACAUCACCACAAAUGAAACCGGAUGUGAGGAAAGCCAAGAGUUACCAAGAAGGAUCUUCUGCUUCAAGUUCACCAUCCCCGCCAAAACCAAUUGAUGACAAAGUCUCGACCGGUGCAUUGCACAUGAGGGGACAUAGUUUUGGUUCUUUAUACGAAAAUGAUCUGAGAGGCGCAAAAGAUUACUUGAAGGAAGUGAGAGAGAGCAGAAGAGAGGAUAUCUUGGAUAGAAAAGAGCCCGGUCCAAGUACUUUGAAUUUGGAAAAGAAACCAAAAUCAACCAGCCUUAGAAAAGCUUCAUUAAGGGGAAAAUCAGUUAGAACUGUUAGAUCUAGUAGACUAACAACCGUAGAGACUAAAAAUCGUGAAGAGAAGCAGGGAAACCGAAUUGAUGAACAUGUUCAAACAACAUUUUCGAGAAACGAAGAGGUUGAUGGUGUGGUAAAUGGGAGCAGUAAGCAGAACUUUGAUACACUUCCUGAGUAUCAGAAGAAAGAGAUGCAAGAGUUUUCUGAGAAUGCUUCCGCAAAGAGUGAAGAACACGCGGAUAAUGAGACCGAGAAGUUUCAGUUAAGCUCGGCCGAAGAUGCUGACGCUGAAUACAUCGGCAAUGCAACACCUGCAGCACCAGAGUACACUAGUGAGGUUGAUAAGAAGGCUGGUGAGUUUAUAGCCAAAUUUAGAGAACAGAUCAGGCUACAAAAAGUGGCUUCAAUGGAAAGAUCAAGAGGUCUACGAUUAAGUGGCAACUAUUUUAGGUGACAUACUGAUAUACAAGUUUAAGAUGGACUAUUAUAGGUGAUUGAUGAUUGAUAUCUACUUUGUCAUCAUCUUCUCCCUUUUAUUGUGUUGUUUUACUUAGCUUAAUUAUUUAUGUGAUUUAUCGUUUCUAUAUUUGAUUGGAAAUUCAAGACAUCGCAACUCUUUGGGAAAGCAUUUGUCAAGUCUUCAAAUUUUUGUGUGGUUACUGUAAAAUGCUUCCACUUAUGUUACCUCACUGUUUUUUAGAUGAUAAUAUGUUUGUUUCAA